AGCACUUGAUAUUUAUCAAUCUUCCGACCAUGGCUGCUUCUUCAAGACACUCCUUCCUUCUGUAUUUGAUCAUGGCCCUGUCAUUGUCAAGCAUUAGUAUGAGAACAGCGGCUCGCCGUCUAUUGGAUACAGCAGCUCCGCCCCCUGUGCUGCCUCUCCCCACCAUCCCAACCUUGCCUCAGGCAACAAUGCCUCCAUUGCCGGCAAUGCCGUCUUUGCCUCAGGCAACAUUGCCACCAAUGCCGACAACCCAGGUGCCUCCUUUGCCUACCAUUCCCAACAUGCCAUUACCCACCACAAUGCCACCCCUGCCAAGUACCCAAAUACCUUCUUCUUUGCCUAAGCCCACAUUGCCACCAAUGCCUACACUGCCCACCAUGCCCACAAUUCCAAAGGUUGCUCUGCCUCCAUUGUCCACUAUCCCAACAACAAUUCCUUCCAUCCCUACCACAAUCCCUUUUCUCUCCCCGCCACCUGCAACCACCAGCCCUUAAAAGCCCACUAUACUAUUCAUUUCCAUUUAUUGUAU